AUGUCGCUCGAUGAGGUAUCGGUGGCCGAAGUGAUGUCGCUCGAUGAGGUAUCGGCGGCCGAAGUGAUGUCGCUCGAUGAGGUACCGGUGGCCGAAGUGAUGUCACUCGAUGAGGUAUCGGUGGAAGAAGUGAUGUCGCUCGAUGAGGUAGUCACAUCUGCCGUAGACGUUGAUGAAGCUGCAUCUGUCACCGAAGACGACGUGCUGCCCGCUGCCGUAGAAGUUGAUGAAGAAGCUGUAUCUAUCACAGAAGACGACGUGCUGUCCGCUGCCGUAGACGUUGACGAAGAAGCUGCAUCUGUCACAGAAGACGACGUGCUGCCCGCCGCCGUAGACGUUGAUGAAGAAGCUGCAUCUGUCACAGAAGACGAAGUGCUGCCCGCUGCGGUAGAUGUUGUUGAAGAAGCUGUAUCUGUCACAGAAGACGAAAUGGUACCCGCUGCCGUAGACGCUGAUGAAGAAGCUGCAGCUGUCACAGAAGACGACGUGCUGCCCGCCGCCGUAGACGUUGAUGAAGAAGCUGCAUCUGUCACAGAAGACGACGUGCUGCCCGCCGCCGUAGACGUUGAUGAAGAAGCUGCAUCUGUCACAGAAGACGAAGUGCUGCCCGCUGCGGUAGAUGUUGUUGAAGAAGCUGUAACUUUCACAGAAGACGAAAUGGUACCCGCUGCCGUAGACGCUGAUGAAGAAGCUGCAUCUGUCACAGAAGACGACGUGCUGCCCGCUGCCGACGUUGAUGAAGAAGCUGCAUCUGUCACAGAAGACGAAAUGGUACCCGCUGCCGUAGAGGUGGACGAAGCGCUGGCCGAUGCGGUAGACGCAGAGGAGGAGCUACGAGCUGAAGUGGAGGAGAUGCUAGCUGUGUCGCUGGACGCGGACGAGGAGGUACCCGCUGUAGUAGAUGAGAUGCUAGCCGUGUUGCUGGACGCACUGGUGCCAGCCGACGCUGAGCCACUCACAGACGACGUACCGCUGGUGGACGCCGAGUAA